UGCUUCCCGCCGUCCUCCCUGUCCCUUCCAGUCCCACGAAAGGGGUGGACCCGGCCGGGGCAGCGCCUCCGAGGCAGGAUGUUCACGUCUAAGUCCAACUCCGUGUCGCCGUCGCCAUCCCUGGAGCAGGCCGACGCGGACGCGCUGGACAUCAGCACCAAAGUGCAGCUCUACGGGGUUCUGUGGAAGCGACCGUUCGGGAGAUCGUCGGCCAAGUGGUCCCGGCGGUUUUUUAUCAUCAAAGAAAGCUUUCUUCUUUACUACUCUGAAAGUGAAAAAAAGAGCUUUGAAACCAAUAAAUACUUCAAUAUACAUCCUAAGGGUGUCAUCCCACUGGGCGGCUGCCUGGUGGAGGCCAGAGAAGAGCCCAGCAUGCCCUAUGCCAUGAAGAUCUCACACCAGGAUUUCCAUGGAAAUGUCUUGUUGGCUGCUGAGUCUGAGUUUGAGCAGACACAAUGGCUCGAGAUGCUGCAGGAGUCUGGGAAGGUGACCUGGAAAAAUGCCCAACUAGGAGAAGCUAUGAUCAAAAGCCUGGAGGCACAGGGGCUACAGCUGGCAAAGGAAAAGCAGGAAUAUUUAGACAAGCUGAUGGAGGAGACAGAAGAACUAUGCCUGCAGAGGGAGCAGAGAGAGGAGCUUGAGCGGCUGAACCAGGUGCUGGAGGCUGAGAAGCAGCAGUUCGAGGAGGUGGUGCAAGAGCUCAGAGUGGAGCAAGAGCAGAUCAAGAGGGAGCUAGAACUCACUGCAAGAUGCCUCAAGGGUGUGGAGCAAGAGAAGAAGGAGCUGAGGCAUCUCACAGAAUCCUUACAGCACACACUGGAGGAACUCUCCAUAGAGAAGAAGAAGACCCUAGAGAUGCUGGAGGAAGAUAAGAACCAGCCACAGCCAUUGACCAAUGAGAGUGAGCAGCCACUUGCCAGUGAUGGUCUCCAUAGCAACCUCAGGCAGAUCGAAGAGCGGAUGCAGGAACUUUUGGCAGAGAAGCUUCUGGCAGAGAAGCGGAUGAAGGAGAACGAAGAGCGCUCACGGGCCCUGGAGGAGGAACGGGAGUUCUACUCAAGCCAGUCUCAAGCCCUGCAGAACUCCCUUCAGGAGCUGACCGCAGAGAAGCAGCAGGCUGAACGGGAGCUCAAGGCUGAAGUGAAGGUACGCAUGGACCUGGAGAGACGACUCCGGGAGGCAGAGGCAGCCUUGCGGAGCCUGGAACAAGGGCUCAAUUCCAAGGUUCGGAACAAGGAGAAGGAAGAGAGGAUGCGGGCUGACGUGAGCCACCUGAAAAAGUUCUUCGAGGAGUGCAUCCGGAAUGCGGAGCUGGAGGCCAAGAUGCCGGUCAUCAUGAAGAACUCCGUGUACAUCCAUAAGGCGGCCACUCGCCGCAUCAAGAGCUGCCGUUUCCACCGUCGCCGGUCCAGUACUUCCUGGAAUGACAUGAAGCCAUCCCAGUCCUUCAUGACCUCCCAGCUAGAAGCCAACAACAUAGAAGAGCUGAAGGAGGUGGCCACGCGGCUAAGCCGAGACCAGCGCUUCCGGGAAUCCAUCUACCACAUCAUGGCCGCCCAGCCUGGGGCUUCUGCGCUCCCCCGGGGUGGAAAGUGAUGGGAAUUCCUCUCCCAGCUCCCAUCAGGGAGGCCUGAUUCCCCUUGGCUCCUUUCCAUCAGAGUACCACUAUGGGGAGGGGUACCCUCAUUCUCAAAGGAAGUGGGCGAUACAUCCCUCAGCUUCACCGGGAACCCUGACCUUGGAGACCAGAAGAGAGUAUUGGAGCCCCUGGAACUGGAGUUAUGGACGGCUGUGAGCCUCUAUGUGGGUUCUGGGAUUGAAUCUGGGUCCUCUGGGAGAGUCACAAGUGCUCUUAACCACUGAGCCAUCUCUCCAGGCCUGAACCCUGACUUUGGGUCUACACUAAGUAGGUGGGUCCACACUGAGUACUACCUGGUUGUGGUGAUGAGGCCUGGCCAUGUGUGGUAUCUGUUGGUCAGGAAGAGAACAUGCCUAUUUCACAAGGGCAGGCACUGGCUGAGGACUGAAAAACUUUCCUGGUACCCUCCAUACCUAUCUGUGCUGCUGCUCUGUCUUUAACCACAGAACACCCCCUAACUCUCUCUUUACCCCUGUUCCUCCUAUACAAGUGACCUCUCUCACUUACUCCAUGCCCCUGGAGAGGGAAGAGCAGGUCCUAAGACACAACCCGAGGUUCAUAGUAUCCUAUUUCCUGGCAGCUGCCCUGGCUAUAGGGCCACCCAGGCCUCCCCUCCUAUUUGCAAGUGAGCUUCUCCAUAUACAGCCUCAACAACCUGCUAAAGGGAGCAGGAGAAGUGUGAUCACACCCCAUCCUUUCCCAGCCCUGAUUGGGAGCUCUCAACCCUGGGGCUUUCCCAAAGUAUACACAGCAGGAUCAGGAGUGAAGAAGCCAAGCCUCCUAUAUUAUCCACAGUCCCGAAGAGCUGGAGCUGCUUCAGGCUCUUGUGAGUCUGCUGCUUGGAGGUCAUAGAGAGGCCUGUCCCCUUCCCAGCUGUCUCACCUUGUUGUCUCCUCUCCCUGAAGCAGCUUCAACUCAGUGAACAAAUGCAGCCAUGAGCCCACCACAUGGGGAGCCAGUAGCCACUGGUUGGUUCAGUGUUGUUGUCAUAGCAACACGGUAACACUGCAGAUUUUGUGGAAGACCACUGCUUUUCAGGAGGCCAAGGACUGUGGAACGUGUUCCUCAUCCGUGGCAGUCUUCUGGGCUCAGAAGCUGCUGUGUCUAUCAUUCUCUCCAAACAAGACUGGGAGAGGGGUGGAGAUGUGGUUCGGUGGUGAAGAACACUUGAUUCUCUUACAGAGGACCCAGAUUUGGUUCCCAGCACCCACAUGGUGCCUCACAACCAUCUGUAAUUCCAUUGCCAGGAGAUGCAGCACCCUCUUCUGACCUCCACAUGGUGCAUGUACCUACAUACAGACAAGACAUUCAUACACAUACAAUAAAUCUUUACAAACUGUUUAAAAGGGGCUGGGUGCUGAGACACUGGUGGAACUAAGGUGUCCUUUUUUUUUGUCCUUCAGAAGACUUAAGUGUUCUGAGGGAGGGACAGGAGGAGCAGCCCCUGGGGAGCACCCUUGCCCAGGCCCAGGCUACCCUGUUCUCAGUGGUCCCUUCUUGGUAGGGGUGGUCUCAGGUAGGGUGCUUUGGGAUCAAUGCAUUUGAAUGUAAAUAUAAAGCUUUUAAAUGUGUAUAAACGUGCAUAAACCUGGAGCUUGUCUAUAUGAUAUGUAUGUGGAGUGGAUUUUGAAAUGAAGAGUUAUAAAACCAAGAUUACAGGUUUUGUUUGUUUUUAAGGAAUUAGUAAUGGCUUGCUCUUGGGGAAAAUAUCAAAUGCAUUUGGUUUUCCUGGGCAAGCUAAUAACCAGCA